AUGCCGACCAGGUGGCUGCUGCUAAUUGUGGGCGUUGCCCUUACGAGAGCUGGCGAGCUACAAGAUGUGAAGGAAGCCCAGCUGCGGUACAAAGGCGCCCAGGUCCUCAGGGUUGAGGCUGUCAAAAAUAAUGUGCAGAAGGACGUGAUCAAGAAGAUGCAAGAUGAGCAAGUGGUGGACAUUUGGCAGAUUCCAGCGGUGGAAGGAGGGACGCAGGUAGACAUAAUGGUGCCGGCCGUGUCGCUGAAGCAGGUGAAGGCCACCCUGAAAAACGUGAGUGCCACCUUUAAGGUGAUGAUCCAAGACGUGGGAGCUGCCAUCCGGAACCAAAACCCUGUCUUGAAGGAGGGAAAUAAUAAGCGCAUGGCUCGGAAAGGCCACCGCAUGACCUUCCAGAACUACCACAGAGUAUCCGACAUUCACGGUUAUUUGGAAUACUUGGCACGGACUUUUCCAGAUUUGGUAUCCGUGCAGACCAUCGGCUCCUCUGUCGAGGGGAGGCCUUUGAAAUUGAUCAAAAUUACCGGCUCAAAUGCUGACCCCAAACCUGCAUUUUACAUCGACGGAGGCAUUCACGCUCGUGAGUGGAUUUCACCUACAUCGGUAACCUACAUAAUUCAGGAGUUGGUGGAGAACCGCGACAAGUACAAGUUCAUGGAUGCCAUCGACUUCUACAUCGUGCCCGUGGUGAACCCUGACGGCUACGAGUACACGCACAAUGGCGUGCGACUGUGGCGCAAGAAGAACACGUGCGCAGGGACAGACCUCGACAAGAACUUCGGCUACAAGUGGGAUGGUGCCGGCUCCAGCCACGACCCUUGCCAGGAAACCUACGCCUUCAGAAACUUUGUCUCGAGCCUCGGCGUUAGCGUCAGGGCGUAUGUGACUUUCCACUCUUACGGGCAGUACAUCCUGUACCCUUGGGGCUACGACAAAAAGGUCCCUCCUGAUUACGAUUUGGACAGGAUUGGAAAGAAGGCUGCCAACAAAAUGAGGGAGGUCGCCGGUGCCUCGUACACGGUCGGAAAUUCUGCCAGUCUCCUUUACGCAGCCUCGGGGGGCGCUGAUGACUUGGCCAAGGGAGGUUCCAGGAUAAAGUACACGUACACGAUCCAACUGAGGGACAGGGGUCAGUACGGCUUCUUGCUGCCAGCCAGCUCAAUUGUGCCAACAGGCAAGGAAGCCUUCGCCGCAAUCCAGACCAUUUCGGAGGAAAUUGCCGCUGAUGGCUGA